AUGCAGCAUUUGUACGAGAUAUUGGUGUUCUAUCAGCAGAUACAUAUCUUUUUGAGCAGGGAAACAUUUUCAAAAGAAGUUGUUCAACUUACUUGUGACUGUGAAAGACAUUUUGGGACACAAUCUGGUGGAAUGGAUCAGUGGAAUGGCAAUAUCCGUAAUGGAAAAACGGGAUUUGCUGACCUAAUAGAUUUCAACCCUCUUCGUGCAACUGAUGUGCAACUGCCAGCUGACGGAACUUUUCUAAUUGCUCAUUCAUUGGCUGAAUCACAGAAAGUUGUAACUGCUGCAACAAACUACAAUAAUCGUGUUGUUGAAUGUUGUUUAGCUUCUAUUUUAUUAGGCAUAAAACUCAGAAUGGAACCUGAAGAGGCAAUUUCAAAAGUGAAAACCAUUUCUGAUGUAGAAGCUUUAUGUGCAUCCUUUGUUGGGGCCCAUGGGUCUUCCAACCCUACCAUUGCUGUUAAGGAGCCUUAUACAUCUAAUGAAAUUGAGAUAAUCACCGGUAAAAGCUUAGAUUCCAUAAUUCUUGACUCUGCCACUUCACUGGAUGUGAUAAAAGCUGCCACACAUUACAAGUUAUUCCAGAGAGCCUUCCAUGUGUACUCGACAGCGAAACGUGUAUAUGCUUUCAAGGAUGUGGAGAGGUUGAAGAACCUUGACGAUCUUAUGAAUGACGAUCACCAUAGUUGCAGUGUUCUAUUUGAGUGCAGAAUUUUAGAAAUUAUGAAGUUUAGUUUCACCAACCGAUCUCAAGGGUUUGGAUUUGUCAUUUUUGUUAGUGAAUAA